CGGGCGUCUGAGUGCGUGCCUCCGACCUCGCUCAACGGAACACCGCCAUUUUCAUUUAGCGCGAGCGGCGACACGAGCAUCAGCGCCGACAGAGCCUUUCCGGGCCGCCCCACUACCGUCGAGCAGCGCACGCACUCCUCUGUGUCAUAGAAAAACACAUCAUAGAGGCGCUACUGUUGAAUUUAAAUCCCUUUUAUUACCACCAGGGACACAACUAGGUGGUUUCCAACGAACGACAAACAAAAAUCAAAGGACGCUUACUAAAUUUUUAAAUCUACUUAACAAUUGAAAAUAAUAAUGGCUGUGGGUGCUUAUCCACUUGUAAAACUUGGAAUAUUGUUCCUAAAACAAGUAAGCAAACCAGUAGCCAAAGUUCUUGUAGAGCAAGCGAAAAAUCAUCCAGUUUUUAGAACUUAUGUGAUUGUUCCUUUGGCUCAAAUGUAUCAUUGGGCAGAAGUAAAGACAAAAAUGUAUGUAAUGAAUCUUGGCAAACCAACAAAAGUAGCCAAAUUAAAUGAACAAAUGGCUAUUGAACUUGGUGCUAAUUUCAUGGGUGAAAUUAUAAUUUUUACUAUUACUGGUGGUCUUAUCAUUUUCGAAGUUAGAAGAAGUGCAGCCAAAGAAGCCAAAAAAGAAGCUGCCCGAGAAGCCCAACUGAUCAAAUUUACUGAAGAUAUUCAAGCAUUGUUCGAAGCUUCAGUUCAACAAGAAAAACAGCUUAAACAAUUAACUAGUGUAAUUGAAGAACUUGCGAAGAAAACAAAGAGUAAAAUUGAUGUAGAAAAAUUGAAACAACUAGCAGAGCCAAUACAUAAUAAUGGACGUGAUAUACUUGAUAACAAUAGUGAUAAAAAUCAAAAUAAUGACAAUAAUAAUAAUAGAUCUGUGGUUAAUCGUGCAAUUGAUUAUUAUGAAAAAGAUGUUAAAGGGAGUAAACUUAGUUAAAAAAAUUAUUAGCACGAAAAAAAAAAACAACCAGUGUCACAUGGAAUUAAUUUAAUGAAGAAAAAUUAAUCAAUUAAAAGUAAAGGAACAGGUGACAGAGCAUUUAUUUCUACAAAAAUACUUUUAUAAUUCAGGACUUCUUAAAAAAACACGUUUUUGUAUGACUCUAGUCAUUUUAUUGCUCGAUUAUAAUCAACAUUUUUUGAUUCUUUGAUUGAUUAUUUUUUAUUCAUAGAAUCACUUGGCACUGUUUUUAUCGUUAAUGAAACCUGAAAAAUCUUGUACAUAACAGCCGGCUGCGAGUACGCAAAUGUAUCAUAUAAGUAUUGAUGAACUUAUUGAUUGACUAUCAGUAAUAAAAGUAAUUAACUCAUAUAAAUAAUAAAUAAAUUUCAAUACAAA